UUCUAAGUGUUCCUAACCCUACAUCUGUUAACUUGAACCAAUAAUUCCUAGAAGUAGAAGAAAGUCAUUUGCGGAGAUGUCACUUAGGAGCUUUCCCCAGGAAAGUCUGGAAAUGGAGAGCUUGCACACAAGGUUCAGUGCCUGGACACCUUUUAACAACCAGUCCUUAAAUAAACAGCUCUUUCAAGAGAGAGUUACUCUCAUAAGUCACUGGUUUGACCUCUGGACCAACAAGCAACGACAGGCAUUCUUACUCACAAUUCUUUCACAGUGCUCUCAAUCACAAUUAAGGUUCGUCCAAGACUGGUUUUCGGAAAGGAAGCAGGUGGCCAGAGUGGAUUUCUCAACAGUGUUACCUCGUUCCAUUUCUCUUUAUAUCUUUUCCUUUCUGAAUCCAAAAGACUUAUGUGCAGCCGCUCAAGUCAGCUGGCCCUGGAAGUUUCUAACGGAGCAGGACUGCUUAUGGAUGCCCAAAUGCACUAAGUUCGGAUGGUUUCUGCCCUAUACGCCAGCACAGAAUGAAUACGGAGCUUGGAAGCACCAUUACAUUGCUUGUGUGUCCAGCUUGGAUUGGCUGACACCCAGGGAAGCUGCUGCUGUUUACGGAACACUGAAUGAACCCAAAACAGAGGACGAGGAGCUCCAGGAGAGGCAAAGAGAAAAGUACCUAAGAAAAAUAAUUUGGGAGAACAUUGCAUUCCGUAAGAAGGAGUUAUUCAAAGCUAGACCCCCUUGGCAGAGUGGAACGCGCUGCUCCAGGAUGCUAAAAUGCACAAGCCUACCCAGUGGUCCUCAGCUGUGGAGAGAUGGAGCAGGGGUCUAUAAAACGUUGGAGAGACAGUUUGUUCGGGCAUCUUUAGACACUUUGCCGAAGCGAAGCAAUCUAUCGGGAUGUCACUCUUACCCUUUAUUAUUAAAGAAAAACCAUCAUGGGAUUGGAAGAGCUGACGACAACUCUUCCUGUGCUUUGCCACCACAUAUUAUCCUGAUAUCAUCUCGGAUUCCCGCAUACGAGAUGGUGCUGGAGAGCAUCAAGGCAGGCGUCCUGGCUGUGCUGUAUGACCACAGCGGUGUGACACUGGAGAGCCUGCUUCAUCUCAUAGAGAGAGCCCUGCAGGGGCGGAAGGCACAGAGCCUGGGGAUAUUCAGCAUUGGGAACAGCAGAGAGAUUGACUUACUCCAAGGCUAUAGAAUUUGUGUUAAAAACUUACUGUGGCCUGAAGUGAGAGACUUCUGGGAGAAACUAGGAAGCUGUGUGGCCACCAAAGAAGAAGGGGGGCGUGUAGACUUCUUUGUGCCACUUGGAGCAUCAGAAGCAGGCAUAGAAGUUCUUUCUCAGCUGUCUCAGCUAACUGGUAUAUUCUUCUCUGCCCCCACUGGAAUUGCGACUGGUUCGUACCAACACAUUCUCAGUGACUGGCUGGGGCCACAGCAGGAUAGGACACCUCCUUCCAGCUACUUCAGUGAGUCCAAGCUCCAGGCAUGGUCCAGCUUCACAGAAUUCCUGGAAGAUACCUUGAAAUCCGUGAGGAAGGAGUUAAAUCCGCUCUUCAAAACCUUGCAGGAGAGCAUCAGUGGCCGGAUGAUAGGGCAAUUUAUGUUUGACACGCUGGGUAUGGGUAGCGUUCUAAAUAACCAAGACACUGCACAGGCUCUGGCAGAUGGACUGAUGGAGUUGUCAAAAGAAGGAUCUGACAAACCUCUGGAAUUUUUGUCAUAUUAUCUGCUGAAGAAAUCUAGUAAAAAGUACAAAGAUUUUGAAGGAAAUGAUGUCCCAACAGAAUGUGACCUGAAAGAAACAUGGGAUCCACGCAGGAAGGAAAGAAGCACUGUAGAAGACAAUUCUCAGGACAUGAAGUCAAGUCCAAGCCCAAGCGACCUGAACAUGGAGAUGCUGGUUAAACUGGAGAGAAAGCUCCAGGUUGACUCAGUAGAGAAACGAGCCCAAGUUGUGAGGGAGCUUGUACAGAGUGAGAGACGGUAUGUGCAGAUGCUGGGAAUUGUGAGGGAUGUAUACGCCAGACCCCUGAGGGCAGCGCUUGAUUCCAACAGAGCCAUUUUGAGUGCUGCCAAUAUCCACAUCAUUUUCUCUGACACUCUGUGCAUCUUAAACCUCAACAGAGAGUUUCUAGAUAAGCUAAAAGACAGACUACAGGAAUGGAGCCCAGCCCACUGUGUGGGAGAAAUGUUCAUAAAGUUUGGAAGCCAGCUGAACACAUACACCAAUUUCUUCAACAAUUACCCAGUUGUUCUGAAAACCAUCGAGAAGUGCAGAGAAAUGAUACCAGCAUUCAGAGCUUUCUUGAAGAGGCAUGAUAAAACCAUUGUUACCAAAAUGCUGAGUCUUCCAGAGCUGCUUCUGUACCCAUCCCAAAGAUUUGAAGAAUAUAUUCAUCUUCUCUAUGCUCUGAGACUUCAUACUCCUGCAGGACACGUAGAUCGUGGGGACCUGACCGCUGCAAUUGAUCAAAUAAAAAAAUAUAAAGGCUACGUAGAUCAGGUAAAGAAAAACAUCAAAAUGAGAGAUCAUCUUUCCGAUAUACAGACAAUCAUCUGGGGAUGCCCUACCCUGUCAGAAACAAACAGAUACCUAAUUAGGAUCCAAGAUGUAGUUCAACUUCACUGCUGUGAUGAGAAAAUGGAUUUCUCCUUAAGGCUCUAUGAACAGACCCGAGACCUCAGCCUCUUCCUCUUCAAUGAUGCACUGCUUAUUACUAGUCGGAGCACAUCUCACAUUCCAUUUGAAAGGACUUCUAAAACAACCUACCAGUUCAUUGCAUCAGUGGCCAUUUCCAGAAUGCUCAUAGAAGACAUUCCAGACUCCAAAUAUGUCAAGAAUGCAUUUAUUCUUCGAGGUACAAGCCGUGAAUGGGUCUGUGCUACUGAGGUGGUGGAUGAUAAAUUCCUUUGGUUGUCAGCACUCCAACAUGCAAUCAGAAGCAGUAUGAAGUAAGAUUAGAUUAAAAAAAGACAGGGUUCUUGGAAAGUCAGAUAAUGUAUAUUUUGUGCUUCAAAACAUCUAGUGAGAAGCACAUAGAUAUCAGUCAUGAGUA